AUUAACAUAAUAAGUACUAACAUGUUACAUAUUUUAUCUCUCGACUAGAAUAAAGCUCCAACAAAGUAACAAUGUCAGAAACGCAAGCCAUUUCCGAUCCUUAUGCCGGUCUGGGCCUCAUAAAGAACUCCGACGGCUCCAUCACACGAAUCGGCCCAAUAGUUGAUGAGACGCCGGCCUGCCCCGAUCCACCAAUCUCAGUUCCCAUCCUCACCAAGGACGUCCCCAUCAACCCACACCACAACACGUGGGCCCGCCUCUAUCUCCCCCGAUCCCAGCUCCAAUCCUCCACCAAGCUUCCCCUCAUACUCUUCUUCCACGGCGGAGGCUUCGUCGUGGCCAGCGCAGCCUCAACCCUCUUCCAGAGCUUCUGCUCCGAGAUCGCCCUCCACCUCGGCGCGCUCAUGGUGUCGGUCGAGUACCGCAACGCGCCGGAGCACCGCCUCCCCGCCGCCUACGACGACUGCAUGGAGGCGCUGCGGUGGGUCAAAUCCGGCGACGAGUGGCUGACCGACCACGCCGACUUCUCCAACUGCUACAUCAUGGGCAACAGCGCGGGCGGGAACAUAGCGCUGCACGUGGGACUGCAGGUGUCGCGGCGCGUGGAGGAGGUGGCGCCGUUGAGGAUCCUAGGGCUGAUCCUGCACCAGCCGUUCCUGGGCGGCGUGGAGCGGACGGCUUCGGAGAUCCGGCUGGCAGAGAAUAAGACGAUCCCGUUAUAUAUGAGUGAUAUACUGUGGGAUCUGGCGCUGCCGAUUGGGGCUAAUCGUGACCAUGAAUUCUCGAAUCCUGUUAAGGGGUUAAUGGAGGUGGAUAAGAUUGUGAGUGAGGGGUGGAGGAUUUUGGUGACUGGCUAUGAAGGUGAUCCCUUGAUUGAUCGCCAAAGGGAGUUGGUGAAAUUGUUGAGAGAGAAAGGUGUGAUGGUGGUGGAAGACUUUAGAGAGGGAGGCUAUCAUGGGAUUGAGUUCUAUCACCAUUCCUUUGCCCAUGCCUUGUAUCCUAUUCUCAAGAAUUUCAUUCUUCAUGUUUGAACUUGCCUACAUUUAUUUUGUUCUAUCUACUCUAGUUUCUUAAUGAACAGUAUUA